AUGAUCGUGGACAAGGCGCUGGACGAGCGGCGCGGCGGGGACGGCGGCCUCAUGAGCAGCCCGCUCAGCCUGGCCUGCUUCUACGGCGCCUCGCCGCCCGGGGCCUCCGCGCCAGGCUCGCCCGCCUCCGCCGCCUCCGCCGCCUCCGCCUCCUCCUGCGGCGCCGUCGACGCCCGGCCCAGGGGCUGCGCGCGCGCGGACCGGCCGCCAGUUGAACCCCAUAUGGGGGUUAUUGGAAGGCAACAGAGAGGACCCUUUCAAGGCGUUCGUGUGAAGAACUCGGUGAAGGAACUCCUGCUGCAUAUCCGAAGUCAUAAACAGAAGGCUUCUGGCCAAGCUUUGGAUGAUUUUAAGACACAAAGCGUGAACAGAGAGCAAUUCACAGAAUUGAAGAACACAGUACCAUAUAGUGGGAAAAGGAAAGGACCCGAUUCGUUGUCUGAUGGACCAGCUUGCAAAAGGCCAGCUGUGUUACAUACCCAGUUUUUGACACCACCUCAAACGCCAACACCUGCAGAGAGCAUGGAAGAUGUUCAUCACAGUGAAUCCAAACAGGACAGCAGCGCCGAUCUGCUUCAGAACAUAAUCAACAUUAAGAAUGAAUGCAGCCCGGUGUCCUUAAAUACUGUCCAAGUUAGCUGGAUGAGCCCAGUGGUGGUCCCUCAGGGCUCCCCCCGGGAACAGUGUCAGGACUUCCACGGAGGGCAGAUCUUCUCUCCGCCUCAGAAAUACCAACCAUUCCAAGUCAGCAGCUCUCCACACAUGAUGGAUCAGGCCUCCCUGUACCAGUAUUCUCCACAGAGCCAGCACUUGCAGCAGCCGCUGCCACCACAGCACUACACCCCCAGCCCAGCUCUGGAGUACGGUCCUUAUUCCAGAACUUCCCAGUCCCCCAGCUAUGAAUCGAACCUCUUUGAGGGUCAAGAACCACAGUUCUGCCCAGAUCAAUGUUUUGCAUCCCUUCUAAAUAGUCGGGAAUCGGAGAAUAUCGCUGUUCCCAUUCAGAAUCCCCCCAGUGUUCAGCAACAAAAUGAGUCCCCCCUGCAGAACUUCAACAUGAUGCCACACGGUGCCUGUGAGGCCAUGGUGGGGCAUGAUGCGGGCGCUACCACGCUAAGCACUUCAGCGCCGUUCCAGAACAUCAUCGGAAAUCCAGUGAACACCACACAGUUAGGGAAGUCCUUUUUUCAGUGGCAAGUAGAGCAAGAAGAAAGCAAGUUGGCAAAUAUCUCCCAAGACCAGUUUCUUUCAAAGGAUGCAGAUGGUGACACGUUCCUCCAUAUUGCUGUUGCCCAGGGGAGAAGGGCACUUUCCUACGUCCUUGCAAGAAAAAUGAAUGCGCUUCACAUGUUGGAUAUUAAAGAGCACAACGGACAGAGUGCCUUUCAGGUGGCAGUGGCUGCCAAUCAGCAUCUCAUCGUGCAGGAUCUGGUGAACCUUGGGGCCCAGGUGAACACCACUGACUGCUGGGGAAGAACCCCCCUGCACGUCUGUGCCGAGAAAGGUCACUCCCAGGUGCUUCAGGCAAUUCAGAAGGGAGCAGUGAAGAGCAAUCAGUUUUUGGAUCUUGAGGCAACUAACUAUGAUGGCCUGACUCCUCUACAUUGUGCGGUUGUGGCACACAAUGCUGUGGUGCAUGAGCUUCAGAGAAACCAACAGCCCCAUUCACCUGAAGUUCAGGAGCUUUUACUGAAGAACAAGAGUAUGGUUGACACCAUCAAAUGUCUGAUUCAGAUGGGAGCAGCAGUGGAAGCUAAGGAUCGUAAAAGUGGUCGCACAGCCUUGCAUUUGGCAGCAGAAGAAGCAAAUCUGGAACUCAUUCGCCUGUUUUUGGAGCUGCCCAGUUGCCUGUCUUUUGUGAAUGCAAAGGCUUACAAUGGAAACACUGCCCUCCAUGUUGCUGCCAGCCUUCAGUAUCGGGUGACACAGUUGGAUGCGGUUAGGCUGUUGAUGAGGAAGGGAGCAGACCCAAGUACUCGGAACUUGGAGAAUGAACAGCCAGUGCAUUUGGUUCCUGAUGGUCCCGUGGGAGAACAGAUCCGACGUAUCCUGAAGGGAAAGUCCAUUCAGCAGAGAGCUCCACCGUAUUAG